UGUUGUAAAAAAUGAAAAAUCGGCAUUUCGUUGAUAUAACAACAAAUUUUAAAUUCAUUUUAUAAAAUUAAUAUUUACAAAUCUGAUAAUAAUGGAAAGUUAUCUUGAAGAUCAUCGACUUUUGCAUGAAGAACGUGAACGAAUAGAAAAUUCAAUGGUUCGCGAAUUGAUUGUCAAAAAAACUACACAUCGUGAAAAUAUUAAUUCGGAUCAUCGUGUCAAGUAUUUACUUGAUAAAUAUAUCGAUGUUACCAAACGUAUUAUUACGAUGUAUGAUGAUAAAACUGGUCAAAUUAAAUCAGAAAUUGCUGCUAUGCAAACAAAUGAGUUUAAUGAAUUUUAUUCACGUUUGAAAAACAUUAAAGAUUUUUAUCGUAAUCAUCAGAACGAAAUAGCUAUACCGAUCGGUACUGAAUAUGAAAAAUUUGUUCAAGAACGUGAUACCGAUAUUAAUUUGGUCAAUUUUACCGACGAAGAAGGAUAUGGGAAAUUUUUAGAUUUGAAUGAAAGUUUCAAUCAAUACAUCAAUUUAAAAGGAAUCGUUGGAACAAAUUUUUCAAAGAUUGAUUAUUUGACUUAUCUAAAUAUGUUUGAUCGAUUUUACGAUAUUCCCAAGGAAAAGAAAUUUCAUUCUGGAUAUGAAAAAUAUCUUGAAUCAUUAAGUGAAUAUUUAGAAAACUAUAUUACUCGGGUCAAACCUUUACUUCCACUCAAAGACAUUGUUGAAAAUUUAAAGGAAGAUUUCGAACGUAUGUGGGCAAACCAUCAGGUUCCCGGUUGGCCAAAAGAAACAAGCGGAGUAUUGUCAAAUACUGGAGCACCAUUGGAUUUGCAAGCAUUCAAUUCUUGUGAAGAAUUAGCUUCGUUAGGUUUGGAUCGUCUUAAAUCUGCUUUGAUUGCAUUGAAUCUUAAAUGUGGUGGAACAUUAGAAGAACGAGCACAAAGAUUAUGGCAAAUUCGAGAUAAAUCACCGGAUGAAAUUGAUCCGAAAUUAUUUGCCAAACGUAAAGGUUUCUCUAUGGAUCCUGACAAACAAAAAGCGAUUGCUUUUAUGGAAAUUCUUAUCUAUAAAUAUAUAGAUAUUCUAGAUGAACAGCGACAAUCAACAAAAGAAAAUGUACAACGAAAACAAGCUCGUACUGCAGGAGAACGUGAAGAAUCGGAUGAAGAAGUUGAAGAAAGUGAACCAGAAGAAGAAGAAGAAACUGAUGUCAUUUAUAAUCCUAAAAAUUUACCACUAGGUUGGGAUGGUAAACCUAUACCAUAUUGGCUUUAUAAACUUCAUGGUUUGAACAUCUCUUAUACCUGUGAGAUUUGUGGAAAUGCCAUUUAUAAAGGACCAAAAGCUUUUCAAAAACAUUUUGCCGAAUGGCGUCAUGCACACGGUAUGCGAUGUUUAGGCAUACCAAAUACGGCACAUUUUGCAAAUGUAACCAAAAUCGAGGAUGCAUUAGCAUUGUGGGAAAAAUUAAAAAAUGAAAAACAUAAGGAAAAAUUUCAACCGGCAAACGAAGAAGAAUAUGAAGAUAGCCAAGGAAAUGUAGUCAAUAAAAAGACUUAUGAAGAUCUCAAACGACAAGGAUUACUUUGAAAUUAUAUAAUAUACUUUUAUUUAAGAAUUUUUUUUUCCAAGAUAACAACAUUUUUAAUCAUUUUUUU